AUGCAGCAGUACCUGCGUGAAUUCUCCGCCACCAGACUCGCACACAGGGACCCCACCACAGGGGGCCCCCAUGUCUGCAAAACGGUCACGGCCUUCAAGCCACAGGAGCUGCUUCAGCAGGAAGAAGAUCUCAACAGCAGCACCAGCAGCAGUCAUGCCGCAAUUCCGGGACCCUCAGGACAUGUAGCAGCAGCAGCAACAGCAACAGUAUCAGCAGCAACAGCAGCCCCGGAAACACCUGAAACGACUGCCGGUCACCCCGAUGGAUCUCCUUGCCGUACACAGCCCCAGGGUUCACAGGGGCACCAGCCACGGCUGCAGCCAGCUCAUCAUUAUCAUCAUCAGCAGCAGAUACGUCUGAUUGGGCUUGGCUUGACUUGUGUUUCUGCUGCGCUUUCUAAGAUGCAUGUGGGGGCAUCAUUAGAGAAUAUUCGGGUCUUGUCUCUGCAUGCAAACUCCCUAGUUUCUCUGGAGCUGCGGUCUCUGGAUGGCGUCGCGGGUCUGUCGAGCCUCCGCUGUCUCCGCGCUGAGCUCAACCAAAUUAGUUGCAUCUCGGGCCUCCAGCAGGAUUUAGGGUUGAGGGUUUGUAUGCAGCUGUGGGGACCGGAAUACCGCCUCGAGUGCCUCGACCUGCGCUGCAACCGAUUAGGGGAACUGAAGCAGCUGCUGUUCCUUGGGGGCCUGUCUCACCUCAAGCAGCUGUCCCUGCAAGCUAAAGAAGCCGCGCUGCAGCAGCAGCAGCACCAGAAACAGCAGGAACGUGAUGGAGACGCAACACUUCAUGCCAUCGCCCUGUCUCCUCAACGCAGCACCAGCAGCAACACCAACUUCAUUUGUUGCAGCCCGUGCUAUCGCCGGUUUGUGCUGCUGUGCGCUCCCCUGCUGCAGCAGCUCGAUGGCAUUCCAGUAGAAGCUGAAGAGCGAGCAGCAGCAGCCGCAGAAGCAGCAGCAGUUGCUGCUGGGGAUGUCACCCGCAGCUGUGACUUCGACUCCCAGCAGCAGGAACUAGACCGCCUCUGGAGGCAGCUCAGACCGCAUCCUUCUACCAGAUGCAUCUCUCUGGGCGGCGCGUGCGGGGUCCGCGCUGCAACACGGAGAGCGAAGACAGCAGGUACAGCAGCAGCAGCAGCAGCUCCACAGGCAGCAACAGCAAUAUCAACAAAGACAGCCACAAAAGUAUCUACAAAAGCAGCAGAAGUCCCAGCAGCAGCAACACAUCAUCAAACCCGCGACAUUGCAAUAGUGGUUGAGGCCUGCAACACUGGAGGAAACCAUGCCCAGACCAAAACAGCAGCAGAUGCAACCACAGAUGCAGCUCUUGCUGCAUCAGCAGCGCAAGCAGGGUGCAACUCACCAGAACUGGAGAGCAGCAAAAAGUUGUCACUUGAAGUGACAGGCUGCAACGUUCCGAGGUCAGCAGCAGCACCGACAGGAGACCCAGCACCCGAAGCAGUCACAGCAGAAGAGGCGACAACAGCAGCAGCAGCUUCAGAAGGCAGCUCAUCGUUACUUCUCUCGACGCUGCAGCGGCUCCCAGAGGCAUCGCAUGCAGCCCUGCAUGCAAUUUCAGCAAUGGAGUUCCUGCAGUGUCUUGCUGGUCUCCCUGACAAUCCACUUUCAGAAGCAGCAACAGCAGCAAACGCAGACACACCUGGUGCUCGUGCAGCAACGGCUGACGCGUCGAAGGAGGUUGAGGUGCGCGCACCAAUAAGAUUAACAGAAACCACCGCAGAAGCACAACCAGCUAUGGUAGCCUCAGCAGAAGCAGCAGCAGAAGUCCUCAGCAGUAGCAAUUCAAAAGGCCCCAUUGGGGGCUCCGAAUCUGGGUGCUGCUCACCUCGUCGUUUCAUUAGUGGCAGCAACAGCAAAACCAACAGCAACAGUAGCAGCAGCAGCACAAACAGCAGCAGCGGCAGUAGCAGCAGCAGCAGCAGCAGCAACUGCCCUUGUUUGAGAGGUGCAGCAGGUGACGCGCUGGAGGUAGCCCGGCUCGCUUUGCAGCUGUUGCAGCAGCAAGCAGCACAUCAGCAAGGCCCGCUGCAGCGACUGUGUGAAGCAGCCCAACUGCGGCACCAGCAGAAUGCUGCGGCUGCUGCUGUUGACUCACCGAGUAGCCCGCAAUCCAACAUAAGAGCAGCAGCAAAGGGCGAGGCAGAUGAAGAAGCCGCAACAGCGGCAGCACCGGAGGUAGUGGGUGCAGUAGACGUGGAGAUUGAUCGUGCCGCAUUACUACAUGAGGCAAGCCAACCGAAGCAGCAACAGCAGAAGCACCAGCAACAGGCGCUGGAGCAUUUACAGCGUCAACUUGCUGCCUAUUCCGAUGAAGUGGAAGAGCUGCGGCAGUUGGUGCAGCACCACCAUCAGCAACAACAGCAGCAACGGCGCCAGCAGCAGGAGCAGCAGGCAGCAGCAGCAGCGCUGCAAGCACAGCAGGAGCAGCUCGUGCAGCAGCUGCAGCAGCUGCAGGAAGAGAGAAAUGAAGCAUGGAGCCGUGUGCAGCAGCUGCAGCAGGAGACAGCUCUGCAGCAAGAUGAGCUUGCUGCAGCACAUCGGCAGCAAGUGCUGCUUCGACAGAGACACGAGCGCAGCGCGAAGCAGCAGGAGCAGGAGCAGCAGGAGCAGCAGCAGCAACAGCGCCGUCGACAUCAGCAGCAGUUACAGCAGCUCGAGAGUGCCUUCAGCGCUUCCUUGACCGCAGUGAAGGAGGCAGCACGUCGGCAGCAGGAACAGCAACUCCAGCAGGUUCAGCAGGCGAUGGAAAAGCUGCAGAAGCACAAGCAGGAGCUGGAGCAGGAGAGGCAGCACCACAGAGAGGAGCAACAGAGGCAGCAGCACAAGCUGCACCAGCUGCAGCUGGCGCUGCGACAGACCAGCCGCAAGAACGCCGAGUUAAACAGAGUACUGCGGCUAGCAGCAAAAGAAGAAUAUCAGUUUCAGGCUUCUUUUAAAAAAAAUACAGAUAAGCUGCAGCGAGCUGUGGAGGAGACUCGACUGCUGCAGCGCGACAAGCAGCAGCUGCAGGCCGCCGUUGCUGCAGCAGAAGCGAAAAACGCGGAGCAGCAGCAGCAGCAGCAGCAGCUGGUGCAACGCGUCGCUAGGCUGCAGCAGGAACUGCAGGAUGCACACAACUCCUGGACUCCUCGGGAGAAGGUGCGAGAACUGCGUUGCGAGCGGGACUUGCUGCAGCAGCAGCUGCAACAGCUGCAGCACCAGCAGCAGCAGCACAGCCAGCAGCCUGUGCAACAGCAGCAGUCCGCUGAAGAGCUGCAGUCGUUAAAGGCGGCUGUUGCAGCAGCAACUGCAGCGCAGCAAGCCGCAGAAGCUCAAGCCAGGGAUACAAAGCAAACCGCCGCAGUGCAUGCGCGAUUGCUGCAGCAGCAGGAGGAGAAGCUGCAGCAACAGCAGCAGCUGCUGCUGCAGAAGGAAGAGAUGCUGCAGGAGGCAAACAUCUCCGCUCGGAGACGAGAGAAAGAACUAGAGAGGAAAACAGAGGAGUAUGCACAACGAGCAAUGGAGUGGCAUCGGAGAUACAGAGAAGUCGAGGAAGCUAGGGAAGCAACGGCUGCUGCAGACCGGCAGCAGCAGGAGGAGCUACGGCGGCUGCAGCAGCAACAGCAGCAACAGCAACAACAGCUAAAGCAGAAAGACGAAGCCCUAGACUUUGCGCAGCGCGAGCUGCAGCAGCUGAUGCAAGCUGUGCAGCAGCAGCAGCAACAGCAGCAAAAACAGCGAGAGCAGCAGGAGAAGGAGCUUGUGCGUGUCCAGCAGCAGCUGCAGGAAGAGCGCCAGAAGCACGAGGAGGUGCAGCAGCAGCAGCAGAUGCUUCUACAGAAGCAGGACCAGCAACUAGCCAAGCUACUGGAGCAGCUGCGCUGCAGCAAAAAGCAAACGCUUAAUCGUGAGCUGGAGCUACGUGUGCUGCUGCAGCAUUGGGAGAAGAGAAAGGAAACAGCAGCAGAGACUGCCAAACAUCUUAACCACCUCCUCAGAAAGCUGCAACGGGAUUUCGGGGACCCGUGUACCUAG